CGGAGUGUUCGGUUGGUCAGCGCGUGUGGAGUCGGUGUGUGUGUUUGUGUGUGUUGAGUGAGCUGCUCCGUGUGUGUGUGUGUGUGUGAUCGGAGUAUCCGGUCGGUCAGUGCUGUGCAGCGGCAGCGGAUCUCCAUCAAUGCGGCGGCGGAUCCCGCUGAAUGCGCCCGGGGAAGCGCGCUGAUCGGCGGCUCUGCUGAUCUGACCUCUGACACCAUGACAGCAGAGUUUAAUAACCUGACGUCGCUCAUCAGUAACGCGACCGAGUCGCCCAACCAGACCUCAGGAUGUUCGCUAACAAAAACCGGCUUCCAGUUCUACUACCUGCCCACGGUCUACAUCCUGGUGUUCCUGACCGGCUUCAUCGGCAACAGUCUGGCCAUAUGGAUGUUCGUCUGCCACAUGAGGCCCUGGAGCAGCAUCUCCGUCUACAUGUUCAAUCUGGCCCUGGCCGACUUCUGUUACGUGCUCUCGCUGCCCUUCCUCAUCUACUACUACUUCAACAAGACCGACUGGAUCUUCGGAGACGUCCUGUGUAGGCUGCAGAGAUUCAUAUUCCACGUUAAUCUCUACGGGAGCAUCUUGUUCCUCACAUGCAUCAGCGUGCAUCGAUAUUCUGGCGUCGUGCAUCCGUUAAAAUCAUUGGGACGACUGAAAAAGAAGAACGCGGUGCGCACUGUCGCCCUCGUGUGGUUCAUCGUGGUAGCAGGAAUUGCGCCCAUUCUCUACUACUCACGCACGAGUCGUAAAAAAGAACACACCACAUGCUACGACACCACGAGUCAAGACGAGCUGCCAGGAUAUUUCAUUUACAGCAUGUGCUUGACGGUGUUCGGCUUCUGCAUCCCGUUCAUCAUCAUCCUCAGCUGUUACGGAGGAAUCGUCAAGGCAUUGAUUUGUAAUGAUAUGGACAAUGCUCCGCUUAGGAAGAAGUCCAUCUAUCUGGUGAUCAUCGUGCUGACCGUGUUCGCCGUCUCCUAUCUGCCGUUCCACGUCAUGAAGAACCUGAACAUGAGAGCGCGGCUGUACUUCCAGAGUCCCGAUAUGUGUGCAUUUAAUGACCGCGUCUACGCCACAUAUCAGGUGACCCGCGGCCUGGCCAGCCUCAACAGCUGUGUGGACCCAAUACUGUACUUUCUGGCCGGUGAUACAUUUCGGAGGAGACUCUCCAGAGCCACUAAGAAGUCCUCCAGGAAAGGAGAUCAUCCUCUGCAGUCUAAGAGCGAGGAGACGGCGCUCAACAGCCUGCCGGAGUCAGUGCAGAACGGUGAAAACCGCAUGUGAGAGAACACGGACGCCACACAGCAUGACUUCUUCAUUCACACUGAUGCUUUAGAGAUCGCUAAGAUGGACUCUAUUCAGGAUCAGUGGUUUCUCAUGGGGACGUCUCAGCGAUUAAAGGGACAGCUCACCUAAAACUGAAAAAAAGGAAUGCACAAUUCAACAGAAUCUGGAUGCAGCCUUGAUGAUGCAAGCUGAGACUGCAUAUCUCAGUGAUGCAAUGUCAGACACAAUGCUCUCAAUGGAGCUAGUGAUGUCACUGUGAGGGGCGGGGUUAGGUGAGCCCAUUAAAAAGCAUUGCAUGCAGCUCAGAUUGCAUCUGCACCAGGUCUGCAUCCACACCCCUCUCACAAUAUUAGGUAUUAGUCAGGUAACCAUUGACUUCCAUUAUAGGAAAAACAAUGUCAAUUCACAUACUUAGGAAAAAUAUCUACUAUUGAGUGUGUAACAGAAGAGUGUGCAAGCUUUGGGACACACUACUUCCUCAUCAACAGAUCCUUAUGUUGCUUAACCCUGUCAGUCGUCCACACAUCAUUUACAUUGCUGUGAUAUUUAAUGUCUACCUUAUUGGAGAAGCAGCAGCAGCAGCAGCAGGAUGAUCUCCCAUUCAUGAGUCUGUCAUGCAGAGAAACCUCAGGUGUUUGGAUAACUCUACAUUCAGACGGUAAUGUCCAAACAUGUCUAUAUUAGUUCAGGAUUGUUGCAGAUGAAAUAUAACACAGAAACGUGAUUUAAACAUGUUCCAGUGGGCUAGAUAUUAAUAAACAGUCAUACAAACAUCUUUACCAAAGCCUCUCUACGUGAUGGAUGGUCCCGCACGUCCACCAUGUUUGUAGUUUAUUUACACUUUUCACCUGUGUUUGUAGUUCUAAUCGAAUUCACAUCCAACGCUCAAUGCACUGUGGGCAAUAUCAGCGGUUAGAGUAUGGACGCUUCUACACUUCACAUUUUUACUGCACUGUAAAAUAUUAUAUGAUCAAUCAGUCAUGUUUUCAGUUCAUUGGAACUUAUUAAACUAAGUUUAUCAUGUUCUAACUUAAUUUUAUAAGUUACACAAGCUGUUUUAAGUCAGUUUAACUUAAUAUAAGUUCAAUUAACUCAUAAAGUUGAUUUGAUUCAGCUUAAAAAUUUAAGGCAAACAGGAUUUUUUACAGUGUGCAAAUAGUAAACCAUCUGGGAGCCUUCAGCGUACACUGCAAAAAAGGCUUUUCAUACUUCGAUUUGUCUUCUUUCUAGUUUAAAUAUCUAAAAAUAUUAUAUCAGUCAGCAUUUUCUAGGCAAGCACAGAAUAUAGUGUUGUGUUCAGAAAUAAUGAGUCAAAAUGAAGAGAGUUUCUUCUGAAAACAAGCUCAAUAAUCUGACAAUGGGGAAGCAGAAUAAUCUCAUGUCAAAUGGAAAAACAAGAUUAUUUUACUUGCCUUAUUGUCAGAUUAUUUAGCUUGUUUUAAGGAGAAACUCUCUUCAUUUUAGCAUAUUGUCAUAUAUCUAUUUAGCAUAUAUCUUAAAAACAAAACUAAAUGUUUUGCUUGUCUAGAAAAUUCCUCUUGAUUUAAGAAUUUUUAGAUAUUUGGACUAGAAAGAAGACAAACACUGGUAAAGUAAGUCAAUCUUUUUUGCAGUGUGCUCUUUUCAACAUUAUGAUUUGGGACUAAUUCUAUUUUCAAAUACGAUUUAGGACGGAUGGUAUGUGAAUUGGGACACAGCAACUGUUCUGCAGAAUACAGUGGUCCCUCAUUAAUCGCAGGAGUUACGUUGUAAAAACAGCCACAAUAGGUGAAACCUGUGAAGUAGUGCGCUUUAUUUCUGACACUCAUUAUAGAUGUUGUAUGACAGUAAACCCCUCACUACACUAUAUCGUCUGACAGGCAUUUUCACACUUCUCUCUCUUGUUCAAACACUCGCAUAACUUUAGCAUGUCCAGAAGUCCAACUUUUUGUGCGAUGUUAGCAUCUUCCUCUGCCUUUUGGUGCCACCGUGGGUGCUGAAUGUAACAGUGCAGAACUUUUCAUCGACAUUAUGGGGUUUGUUAACUUGCAAACACACAGUACAGCACUUCAGAGUCACACUGUGAUUGAAGAUUCAUGUCAAUUUGGCAAGCUGAACUUAUUCUACUGUACAGGAGACACGGCACGGAGGAGUUUGAUUGACAGUGGUCUACAGCCAAUCAGGAUGCAGAGCACAGGGUGCUGUAAAAAAGCAUGUCAAAAUGCACAAAGAAGAAACUGCGAGGUCACGAAAGGUGAAGCAAGUUAUAGCGAGGCACCACUGUGUCUUCAUUUGAGUUCAGCACAAAGAGACUCCUGAAGGAGAGCUAAUAGUGAAUAGAAGGAGCUGGAGAUUGAUGGUGAGGACGCUGGACAGCAUGACUUCAUCAUUCACUGACUGAUGAUCUAUAGACGUAAACACUAUUGAGAAUCAGUUGUGAUGGGGACGCCUGUAGUGAAAAAGCUCAGUGAUUAUAGGAAUAAUGGAGAUUUCUGUCAUUAUUUACUCAGCCUUUACUUGUUUCAAACCUUUAUGAGUUUCUUUCUUCUGUUGAACACAAAAGUAGAUGUUUUUAAAAAUGUUGGAAACCUGUAACCAUCGACUUCCAUAGAAUCCCACUUUCCCACUUUGGAAGUCAAUGGUUACAGGUUUCCAACACUCUCAGCUUUCUUCAGAAUAUCUUCUGUUGUGUUCAGCAGACGAAAGAACUCAUGAAGGUUUGGAUCCACUUGAGCAUGAGUAAAUAGUGAAUAAAUGUUCAUGUUUGGAUGAACUGUCCCUUUAAACACAUGUUGUUAGAUGGAGAUGUGAGGACGCCGGACAGCAGUCACAGACUGAUGAUUUAUAGGUGUAAACACUAUUCAGAUUCAGUUGUUUGUCAUGGGGACGUCUCAGUGAUCAUGUUGUCAUCAUUUGCUCAGCUCUUUAUGAGUUUCUUUCUUCUGUUGAAUGCAAAAGGAGGUAUCUUUUCCAUUCCAAUGCUACUUUUCCUUUGUUUUUCAAUGUAAAUGCGCUCAUGUGUGAUCAUUACGCUCGUGUCUCACGCCUUUUAAGGUGCUGCACAUGCAAGUGCUGCAUUUGUAGAUGUCGUAUGAAGGUAAUCAGCUUUCACAAGCUCAUCACUGUCGUUUCCACAGCAGUGGACCAAUCAGAAGAGCUCGGAGGCGGGGCAACCGUUGCAGGCUUCUGUUUACAGGCGCUCUGUGGUUGUGUCCGGAUACACCUCUCCUUUUUUUAAACCAUUCCAAUCUGUAGCGUCUCACACAUUUAGACGUAUUCAGUGUGAAUGAGCCCUUAGGCUGUGUUUCCAAAAACAGUGUCCAUAUUUAAUAUAUCAGACUUCAUGUUUCUGAUUUAAAGUAUCAUGACGUGUGACCUUACAGUGCGUUUACAUGGCCAAGGGUUCAGAAUGGCUUUUGAUUAAUCCUUAUGAACUAAACUCAGAGAUGUGGAUCUGGAUGGCCAUUAAAUCAUCAGUAAUUUAGCUGAUUUGUCUGGGAUUUUCAUGCAGGUUGUGAGAGAAAAACAGCUGUAAGUCCACCAAGUAAUGGUGAAACUCCCUCACGUCCCCCUGAGAAACAUUACCAUGUGAAUAGUUCUGUAGAGUGUUGUAAAUCGCAGUACUGUACUGUGAUCAGUGUUACUCGUGUAAGAGCUCUGCAAGUGUUUCUCCCUUUCCUUUUGCACAAAGGGAUCUUGACAAAAGUCUUGAUCGAAAAGUUGAACACCAUGAACCAAAUCAGCCUGCUGUGAGGAGAAUAACAUUAGCAAUGACCAUCUGAAGCACAGAAGAAAAGCAGAAGAUAGAGCAAAGAUACAGACAGUGAGUGAGCUGAACCACUUUAAUCCCAUGAUGCUCUGCCAAUGACACAAUCAUGCUAAAACAAUGGAGAUAUAUAAUAAUCAGUCAUUUAAAUGUGUUAGUUUAAUCUGUAGGGCAUAAAACACACACACACACACACACACACGGUUACUUAGCCAUCUAAAUGGAGAUAUUGCAUAGACUUCUGUUGUUUUUAUUCACAGAUUACCCAUGUUUGACUGCAUAUUUGUGCAAAUAUUUCAGUAUUAUUGAAAGUUUAGUUAAACUCGAUAAUAUCAUUGGCUGUGCUUCAUUAGAUCUAUACACGCUGCAGCUCUCUGAUUGGUGGAAUUCUCUGAACAGCAUUAUGGGUAAUGUAGUUUUUUACACUCUAAAAAAAGCUGGGUUGCCAUAACCCAAUGGUGGGUCAAUCAUGUAGGUUAAUUUAUCUCAAUUAAAUUUAAAUUACACUCUUUAACCCAUUGGAUGGGUUCAAAUUUGACCCAAUGUUGGGUUACAACCACCAAGCAUGUGUUUAGAGUGUUAUUAAACACCCUUGUUUUAAAAGUAAGUGUGAUUAGAGGUGUUCAGCAUAAACAAUCCCCAACAUCCUCAGAGCUGCAUCGGGUCUCUCUGUAGAGGAUUAUAUCAUUGUUAAAAUCUAAUUUCCCUCCGGAGAGAGACGGAGAGAGUUUUGCCGUCUGGGACUGGACUGAUGCGCUCUGUUGCUUUCACAGUUUUAGUCUAAUGUGAUUUUCCAUGAACUAGACUGCGGAGUCGCCGAAUGAACAAUCGCUAACAGUAAUUAAUGUCACAGAGAACACGAGCACUGGCGUUACACUGUACGCCACAUAUUCUGUCAUGAUCUCAGAGAACAGGUCAGAUGCACUAAACAUGUUGGAAAUGAUUGAUUGUACAUCGUGUUAGAUGUGUUUGUGUAUUGAUAUGUAUUCUACUGUUACUGUAAAGAUGUGUAGAUCACAUAAUAUCAGCCCGUGAAUUAUGAAGGGACUCUUCUAGUCAUGUAGUGGACAAAUACUGUAUGUUCAUAAUGUAUUUCCCUGUAAUGAUCUGUCCUAUUUAAAGCUAAAACAAAUACACGUGUGUGAAUAAAACUCACGCUGAUGUGUCUUUA